CGCCCUGCGCAUGCGUGCCAGCGCCCAUGCAAAUCUGCUGUACAUCCAGAGAGCAAAGUGGGAUGAUCUGUCACUACACCUGCAGCACCACGCUCGGAGGACAGCUCCUGCCUGCAGCUUCCAGACCCAGGAAGCCUGAGGGGAAGGAAGGAAGGAAAUACGGGCGAAAUCAUCAGAUUGGCUUCCCAGAUUUGGGAAUCUGAAGCGGGCCCACAUCUUCCGGCCAACUUCCAUUGAACUUCCCAGCACUCGAAAGGGACCGAAAUGGAGAGCAAAGAACCCCAGCUGAAAGGGAUCGUGACAAGGUUAUUCAGCCAGCAGGGAUAUUUCCUGCAGAUGCACCCAGAUGGUACCAUUGAUGGGACCAAGGACGAAAACAGCGACUACACUCUCUUCAAUCUAAUUCCUGUGGGCCUGCGUGUGGUGGCCAUCCAAGGAGUGAAGGCCAGCCUCUAUGUGGCCAUGAAUGGUGAAGGCUAUCUCUACAGUUCAGAUGUUUUCACUCCAGAAUGCAAAUUUAAGGAAUCUGUGUUUGAAAACUACUAUGUGAUCUAUUCUUCCACACUAUACCGCCAGCAAGAAUCAGGCCGAGCAUGGUUUCUGGGACUCAAUAAAGAAGGUCAAAUUAUGAAGGGAAACAGAGUGAAGAAAACCAAGCCCUCAUCACAUUUUGUACCGAAACCUAUUGAAGUGUGUAUGUACAGAGAACCAUCAUUACAUGAAAUUGGAGAAAAACAAGGGCGUUCAAGGAAAAGUUCUGGAACACCAACCAUGAAUGGAGGCAAAGUCGUGAAUCAAGAUUCAACAUAGCUGAGAACUCUUCCCUUCUUCCCUCUCUCAUCCCUUCCCCUUCUCUUCCCUCCCAUUUACCCAUUUCCUUCCAGUAAAUCCGCCCAAAGGAGAGGAAAAUAAAAUGACAACGCAAGACCUAGUGGCUAAGAUUCUGCACUCAAAAUCUUUCUUUGUGUAGGACAAGAAAGUUGAACCAAAGCUUGCUUGUUGCAAUGUGGUAGAAAAUACACAUGCACAAAGAUUAGCACACUUAAAAACAAAGGAAAAAAUAAAUCAGGACUCCACAAACAUUAAACUAAACUGUAUUGUUAUGAGGAGAGAGCUAACUGUAAUUAAGACAUUAAUAAAGAUGAAAUAAAGUUAUUACUUUAAAGGAAAGGGUUUUGGAGAAUUGAACUCAGAAACUGAUGUUGUAUACUAAACAGCUUAAACUCACGAUAAUGCUGCAAUGUGUGGUUUUCUUGAUUUUGUAUUUUAUUUGGGCAUCUGGAAUUGACACACCAUUCUAUUCUGUUUGCAGGAUUUUUUUUUAACCAUGAAAUUGAACAUUUUCAAAUUAUAAACUAUUCAACAGACGGGAUUGUGUGACCAGUUUAAAGUGGCGAAAAAGAACUCGGUGUAGGAGAAGGCAAAUAGAUAGCUAGGAAUACUAAAGUAUUUAAAAAUAUAUAUAGCCAGGAACCAUUUAUCAUCAAGAAAAGUGUGAGAAAUUAUUUUUGAGGAUGUAAUUUAAGAUCGUUUUAUGUAAAAGGAAAGUCUUUUAUUGAAUCUAAUAGCCUUAACAAAUUUAAUUAUUUCAUAAAAAUAAUUUCAAAUUAUCCUAGAGUAUAACAGUUUUAUCAAAGAUAUUAUUUCAGGAGUUCUUUUUUUUUUUGUAGUAGUAGUAGUAGUUUAGGAAAAAAGUUAGUAACUGUUCUAAUGCUGAAGUGACUUUUGAGAAUUCUUUGCCAGUGCUAUGUUCAGGUGGUGAGGUGUAAGUUAAUUGCUCUUAGCAUGUGGUCUGAUUUUUUGCUUUGUGGACACCUUUGAGAGUAUAAGCGCAUGUUUGUUUUAGAAAGCUUUUACCCUGUCUUGCAGCAGGGAAGAAAGAAGAGGGGUUUUACAUAAGGACAUAUGUCCUAGGAAAUAUUAGUCAAUGCAAAUUGCAUUUGCCUUUGUACGUUACCAGGGUCUUACAUCAUUUUUCAAACUCUGCCAUGAAAUUGGGAGACAUGACUGUGAAAUUCCUAACUUACUGUCUUAUGAAGCCAGUAGCUUAUUUGUUGCCAUAUAUAUGCUCAUUUACAAGUCCAGUUAGCAAUUCGUUUGUUUCCUAGAACACAGAAGUUUACAAGUAAUACACUAAAUGUUCAAGGGGUGUAGAGAAAUAAUACGGAAUUCAACAGCUAUGGCUCCAACAGACAGGAUUCUGUGAGCAGUUAAAGUAGCGAAAAAGAAUUCAGGGUAAGAGAAGGCAACAACAGUUAAGAAUACUGAAGUAGUUUUAAAAAUCAGGAAGAAAUAAAUGUUAUAUAAUUUGAAUUGGAAUAAAUAGAUCUAUUUAGUCCUACAAAUCAGGAGCAGUGUAGAGACAUCAAAAUUUAAAGGGAAAAAACACACAAAACAGAAUGUGAAAAAAGUAUGCAGAUUUGUGGAUAUUAUCAAUGAGAAGACUUAGCAUGUAACUUCUCCUAUAUCUCUACUGUCCAGCAUGUAUUGUUCCAAAUAUGACUCCCUAAAAUAUAUACACUUUGCAGAAGCUCUAGGCCCUCACCUCAAACCUUGCCAUUGGUUGUUGUAUUUCAAGGUCAGCAUAGUUUCCCUCACUUUACACAGUCAUUAUUCUUCAAUAGUGGAUCAUAUUCUUUACCAAGUAUCCUAUUUUUAUUAUCUAGAGGUAAGCAGAAAAUGAAGGAAUUUGCUUAAGCAGUUGGGAAGAACAAAUGUUAUGCAUCUAGGGAAAGAUUCUGAAGACACAUUUGCAAGUGAUAUUUGUUUACCCAAAAUAUUUGGAAGGUAACAAAGACAUUUAAAUUUUCUAAAAACGGACUUGCUCUUAUAGGAAAAGAAUACCCUUGGGGACAAAAUGUAACUCUAGCUGUAUUUCCUCUUGUCACUCUUGAUUCAACUUGAUUAUAAAUAUACCUGUCACUACCAGAACCAAAAAAAAAAAAAAAAAAAUCCCAAACAUAAAGCUUAUUUUAUUUGAAAAAGAUAAAAAAGAAACUUCAACACAAUGGGACACUGGCUCCUUUAGCAUGAAAUGACUUGAGAUUUUCUGGUGAUACACACACAUACACACUCAUCAUAAAACAAUUGAUGGUUUCAUAACACAAUGGAUGAAAUUUAUAAAAAUCAAUUACAAUGAUUUAUGACAAAGUAUAUUUAAGUUGGUUAUUAAAAAAUAGAGAUGAAUCACUAACAAAAUUUCUCUAUAUUUAGUGGCUGGUUAUUUACCAUCUAGAAUCACAUUUGUCACUUUCCUGAUAGAAGUUAAGAAAGAAUUCUAAGCACCCAAUUUGUAUAUUGUUUUUCUCUGUAUUAUGUUAAGCAAAUGUUCACUGCAGUAAAAUGUUUUGGAAAUUAGCUUUGUCUUAUUUCCAAUUUAGUUUAGAUAAUGAAUUAGACAUCUCAUUUCUUUUACACAUAAACCUGACAAAAAUUGUAGCUUAGAGCAAAGGGUUAAUGUUUGCUUAACUGCUGCUUGUUUUUAAGUACAUUAAAAACUUUAAUAGAAUAAGCCCGUAUUCACUGAGUUUUCAAAAAUAUUACCAUAUAUAAAUGUAUAAUAUCCAACUUCAUCCAAAAAUAUGAUUGAGUUUAUGUACUUUGUUUUUCAGGCUUAUUUCAAGUAGAAUAAUUCUUUAAUUUUCAUUGUUCGGAUUUCUGGGUCUUCAAUUCAUUCAUCACUUACUCCUUUUUAAGUAAAAUAAGCUUUUUUUUUUAAAAUGUGCAUUGGGAUUUUUCCCAGGAAAAAUACGGCUUUUAGCAAUGAUUUGCAAUUGGCUAUGCAGAUAUAAAUUAAGGUAUGUUUAUUCUGAGUUCUUAUUGGAAUAAGCUUCAAAAUCAAUGAGCUUAAGAAUGAAAACAAAACUGAGAGUCUCACAAAAUAGCUCUAUGGUCAAUAUACCUUACUUGAUUUUUAAGCCCGAUGAGUGAAGUAUAGAAACAAAUGGUGCUGAAAUUCCAUUUGCUCAUUCAGAGACUUUUGUGCUUCUGCAAAUUGGAGGGCAGCAAGCCACCCUAUUCUCACAGUAAUAGCUUUGGCUUUGAAAUUUACAUACAAAUUUAAUAGCACAUUUUUAGCCAUUAUGCAUUGGCUCAAUAGACAGGAAUGUAAAGCAAUGUGAUGCUUUAUGGGCCUCAUUGUAAUUCGGAAAACUUGUUUAAAAGAACUCUUCUGUUUAAUAAAAUAGGAACAAUCUAAUAUCUAGAUUGGUGGUCCUGCAUUGCCACUAGUGAGAGAUGAGAGUAUUAAGACAAGAAUAAGGACAAGAAAAGACUUCAAGGUUGCAUAUUGAAAAGUUUGGAAGUCCUAAUUUGGGACCACUGAUUUCUUGGUGAAGAAGUAAGUAUGACUACAUUGCCAGUGAUUUUUUUUUUUUUUUUAACAUAGACCCAGAAACAGCAAAUCUAUUUCACCCUCAUAGCUUAGUCUACCAGGCCUUGCUCUUGAGAAGAUUUUCCAUGAUGUUGCUUAAUUUCAUCUGCACAAGAUGAGACACAAACAUAAAAAUUCCCUGCUCAUUUUAGUAUCAUAAAAGGCUGAGGUUAUUUCUCUGUCAUAAAAUUGUAAAUAGCAUUUUUUAAGUCAAAAUUACAUUUAAAACAGUGAAUUGUUCUACAAAUAUAUAUGUGUAUAUAUACAUAUGCUUCUGAAAUAAGGAUAUAUUAUAUAGAGUUUUUAUUUGAUUUGUGGUCUGUAGUCAUAGUUAAAAAUAAAGAGAUUUGAAUGCAAAACUUUAUACAUUAAUGUAUAUUUCUAAUGAUAGUACAAAUUGCCACUUUAUAAUAAAAAACAGAUGGGAAUAAUAAUCAAAGCAAAGUACUGUUCCUUCAGUACUUUGGUGAUUUUUAAUCCCCCUUGAGAUGCACAGGAAAUUAUUUUUUUAGUUAGAAAAAGUUAUCUUAAACAUCUAUACUUCCCAAUAUGGAUUUCAUAAUAAGUCAUAUCAGACUGAGAAUUUGUGGUUGUAGAAUAGGAACAGGAUGCUAGAUGCUGAUUUUUAUUUUUCAGGAUUUUUCCUGGAGCCCAAGUUAAAGAUACAGUAUAUAAGUCUAAGUUAAGUGAAGAUUAAUAAUGUUCAGAAAUGAUAUAUUGAGCUUUAGUAACAGAUGGAAGCAAAAAUAAGAAUAUUUAACAUUAUGAUAAUAGCCCUAAAAUAAUGUAAUAAAAAACAUUGCAUCAUUAAAUGUUCAACUAGUUGGAAAGAAUGAGCUGAUGUUUCUUUGUUUUUUCUCCAAGCACAAUUUAAAGACAGUGACAUUCAUUUUACUCAAAAUUGUUCAAAAAGUCCAAAACAUACUCCCAUGGCUAGAAUUGAUAUUAGCUCCAAUACAAGGUUAAAUGUUACAAUCUGAAGAAAUUGACACUGAAAUGUUUAAUAAACAUGUUGUAUGAGAAACUAA